UAAUUUCUAACUCGCCGCUGAUAAUUUGUUAGGGUCCAUCACUAUCUCUGCUAUCUUUCUCACUGCAACAGGGCUCUUUCUCUACGGAAACAUCUAUCACACCUCUAUCACUAUGCCGUUCUUUAAGAAAACCCUCGGGAUUUUUGGACUUGCUGCUUUGGCUUCCGCUACGAAGCAUCAACUUAUCAUCGGUUCCUUCAGCACAAACUUCCUCUACACUGCGGAGUAUGAUGACGUGGCUGAGACCCUUCAGCUCAUCGGCAAGACCCCUACCGACUCGGCUUCUUCCUGGAUCUCCUUAAGUGUAAGCAUGCCCCUUUAAUUUUCCACUGCGUACAUGUUCUAGAAGCUAAUCUUGACUAUAGCAUGACAAGAAGAACCUCUAUGGCACUGACUGGAACUCUGAAAAGCCUUCCUUUGUGAGCUUCAAUGUCAAGGAUGCUACCUCCCUAACCUUCGAGAAACGGCUGAUUCAAGACACGGACUGCGCAGGCAAGAAGAGCGUCUUCGUCGCUCCCAACCCGCGACCGCCAUAUAGUGUCUACGGAAACUUCUACUACGGCAAUGCGAAGUGCAGCGUUGUCAUGUCUGUCCACGACAACGGAACCCUCGACUCCGUGAUUCAGCAGUUCGAGUACGCCAAUGGCUCAGCUCCCCACGGCGUCUCGUUCAGCUCUGAUUCCGCUUUCCUGUACACCGCUGACGACGGCGGCAACUCACUCUGGGUCCAUGACAUCAACCAAACCGACGGCACGGUUACGUCCCAGAUGCACCUGGAUAUGUCCUCCUCCUGGGCGCAUGCUGAUCCCCGGCACAUUGUCACUCAUCCAAAGGGCGACUACGUUUACGUCGUUCUCGAGGGCACCAGCGAAGUUGCGCAGGCUCUGACCAGCACUCUGGGCAAGCUGUAUCUGCUGACGGAAUCGUACUCCCUCCUCAAGCCCGGCGACAACGCGACCGACUUCUGGGCCGACGAGGUUGCGCUCUCGGCCAACAACAAGUACCUGUGGGCGAGCAACCGCGCGCGCCACGCCGACCGCAAGGGCUACAUCUCCGCCAUCGAGGUCAAGGAGAGCGGCCAGCUGGGCCAGCAGUACUUCCUCACGGAGACGAGCUCGAGCGGUGGAUACGCGAAUGCGGUUUCCCCCAGCCCGUUCGACGACAACAUCGUGGCGAUCACGGAUAACUCCACGGGCUUCGUCGAAAUGUGGAAGAUGGCUGAUGAUAAGUCGGGCGCGUCGAUGAUCGCACACUUGGAUAUCAAUGAUGGGAGUGGGUGCUGUGCCAACGCCGUUUGGUAUUAGUCAAGUUGAUGAUAUUGGCACUUUAGAUGGCAUUUACUGAGUAUACCCCCUGAGUCUUUUCGAAUCUAACAAUGUGACUGCAACACCAUCUUAACAGUCAAUCGCGCUAACAUUGUCAAUUUUGACUUUCUUAUAAACCUAGGUAAUUCAAGGAGGUUGAUACACUUUCUUUCGCUCGAGCUCGGUGUAUGAAAAUCCGCCUUUGUGUGUGCCAUUUUGAUUACCUGCGUACUUGCUUGUCAGGUGUCAGGUGGUUUGCCAUUUUCCCCCCUCCCCUAACUGAACCUCGUUAUUAUCUAAGGAAUGAUGACUGCGAGGUACCUAAUAACUUAAAUUUUGAGAGAAUCGUCCCGAAGAACUGGAAUUCUAAUAAUAAUAACCCGGCUUUGAAAUCUAACCAGACUUGUUGCAG